AUGGCAUUGUCAAGCGAUCCGAAUGAGGCCUACCGGCAAACUCAAUUCCAGAUAUAUAAUCUGCAACAAACGCUGCUGAAUUCAUCCAAAGCGGCGGAAAAUAAGGUAAAUGUUCAACAACAGCUUCUUGAGACAAAUGCCUAUGAAGCAGGCAAACUAGCACCGUAUCCAAACCAUGGAGAAAACAUUGGAAUUACUGCUGCGGCUCACACAACCACAAAAGUCAAUUCUCAGCCCGUAUUGGACCUCGUGAGGCGCAAAUUGGGCAAGCCACACAGACAUUUGGGUAGGCUCCGCUACGACCCGUGGAAAGUUGGCCGAUUGGAGUCUACAACGCCUGAAAACCCCCAAGAUUCGAAUUUUCCCUCAGCUGUCAUAAACACUGAGUUGUUAUCCCCGCCGCCAUUCUUGCCCGCGUUUGGUUUCGCAAACAUCAACGCGCUCGUGACCGUGGACGUGCGUUUCGAAGAUCUCGUCAAUGCCCAAAAAUCACAGCUGUCGUCCACCAACCUACGGAUUAACAACAACGAGUUGUGGGGGUCCCAACUGUACACAGAUGACUCCGACCCUAUACUGGCGCUGCUUCACAGCGCCGUUUUCACUAGUUCUGACGUCGAUGGCCAAAACAUUCUUCAAGAACUGCGAACCCCAGCAAAUCUCGAGAAUCCUCAGAACGUCAAAGGCGAGAUUCCUCCUGCUAACACACCAUACGAUGUGAAAAUUGACCUAUUGCUGCUCCCGCCUCUGCAAUACUACGGUUCCACGGUUAACGGCAAUAUCAGGUCUCGAUCUUGGAAUACGUCCCACGACGGAAUAAGUUACGGCAUCUACGCCAUAGAAGUGAACCCAAGAGACCAGUCUCUGCAGGGUGUUGAACCCAAAGACGAGAUCAAAGCUGUCAACUGGUGA